ACAUUCUCAGGUGAUGAAAUAAACCUUGUCCAGUUUGUUUCAGAUUUUGUCUUGUCUGACUUUUUGACCCGUAGGUGCUGGCAAGUGCAUGACCAGUGUUACGUUGAUGCUACGCAACACCCUGAAUGCUGGCCCAUCUUCGACAAUCCUUACAUCGAAUUCUAUGACUACAGCUGUUCUAUGAAUUCUAUGACUACAACAAGGAAAAUAGGAAGGUCACCUGUGGCAGUAAGAAUGGUGGUUGGCCUUUUGGUAAAAAGAGUUCUCUCUGCUUUAUCAUCUUCAGACAAAAAUGACACAUGUGAGAUGUUCAUCUGUGAGUAUGACAGGAAGGCCGCGGAGUGUUUUGCCAGUUCACCGUGGAUCCCUGAGCACGAGCACCUGUCCAGCAAUCGCUGUCGGUAAAGACCAAAUAACUAUAUAAACUUGGCUUACUAGAGGUCCAUCCGGUUAUGUUGAGUCACUCAAGGCCUAUAUGCAGCCUAGUACAGGUGUUGUUGUCACCAUCUUGUCAUCCAAUGCCCUGACUUGACCAAUAUGUUCAUGACCAAAGUGAACAAUAGCACUGAAAGGAUGCAUCCAGUGAUAAUGCCCUUCUCCAGAUGAUGCCAUUCAGGUGUUCCAGAGGUGACUCUUAGGCUGAUAGUCCUGAUCUGUUCCUGGAACAUGCUGUCGGUCCAGUGGAGUUUCCAAUAGUUUGUGCGGGAUUGACCAGUAGGCGUGGUCCAGCCACUGAACUGCCAGGUCUUCUCUUCUGCAUGGAGUUGUCAUUGUAUGCAUUCCUCAGGAUAAACUCUGAGGCCCCAUCCACACUACUCCGUUUUUGUUUAAAAACAGUUUUAAAACGAAUACGAUCUCCAUCCACACCAGCGUUUUAGCUGCGUGUCAGAGUUGAA